AUGUCGUGGGACGACGAGGACUUUGACGUUUCUGCUAAAACCGCCCCAGUGGCAUCCUGGGAAGAUGAGGCUGACGACGAGCCAGUUAUGGAAUCAUGGGAGGUCGACGAAGAGGAGGAGGCCAAGAAGAAGAAGGAAGCUGAAGAUAAGAAGAAGGCCGAGUUGAAGAAGAAGCAAGAAGGAGCCAAGGCUAAGAAGCUCGCUGCGAAAUCUGGCGAGAAGAAGCUUUUGGACAUUGACACUGUCGACGAGAAGACCAGAAGAGAAUUGUUGAAGAAGGCCGAGUUGGAGUCUGACUUGAACAACGCUGCCGACUUGUUCGGUAGUUUGGGUGUGGCCAACGACAAACUCGACGAGUUGACUGCCCACCCCAAGGAGAGAGCUGCUGCUGCUGCCGCUGCUUCCAACAAACAGCCAGCUUUCACCAAGGACACGCCGUUGGAACUGCACCCCUUGUUCCAGCCUACGAACAAACAGGAGUUCGAGAAGCUCAGAAAGACUUUGGCUCCUAUCUUGACCGGCUUGGCCAAGGACCUGUCAUUGCUUUACUCUUCCAACUUGGCCAUUGACUUGAUCAGAGACCUCGUGCAGCCAUUGUCUGUGGAGAGCACCAGAAAGGUCGUUUCGACCUUGAACGUUCUUCAGAGAGAGAAGGAGAAACAGGAGAGACAGGCAAGAUUGCUGAAGGCUGGCGGUACUGCCACAGGAGGUGCCGGUAAGAAGAAGGCCAAGCCUUUGGUGAAGACUAAUGUCAACGACACGCACUUCAAGAAGGACGCCCUCGACAACUUGGACGACAACUUCGACGACUUUGGCGACGACGACUUUAUGUGA